ACAGCAUCAGUUUGAAAAAUAAAUUCAAAUAAAGCACACAAAUCGAAAAGCGCAAAACGUUAACAAAUCGUUGGAAAACUCGUGUAAAAUAAUUGUUUGGUAAAAAAGUGAAUUGUUUCGAUUAUUUAAAAACCAACACAAGCCAAUUAAGAAGAAGCAACAUGUCUCUCAUACCUUUGAUUCGUGAGCUCGACGAUACGUUCAGUGACGUUGAGGAUUUCUUCGAAGGACCAUUUGGAUUGGGCAUACAUCCAGUGGACAUAUUUAGACCUCGUCAUCGCUCCUUGAUGUUACAUCCACGCAACCGUUAUUGCCCGUACAUAGCAAGAUAUAACCGACCUCGCAAGGAAUCAUCUAUGGAAAAGUCUGAUAUAAUUCCAACUGUGGGCAAGGAUGGUUUCCAAGUGUGCAUGGACGUUUCACAGUUUACACCAAAUGAGCUGACCGUCAAGACAGUAGACAAAAUGGUGGUAGUUGAAGGAAAACACGAGGAGCGUGAAGAUGAGCAUGGUUUUAUUCAGCGCCAUUUCGUACGCAAAUAUGCACUGCCCAAAGGAUACGAUCCCAAAGAUGUGGUCUCCACAAUAUCUUCUGAUGGCGUUUUGACCGUCAAAGCACCACCGCCAGCAAUUAAGGGAAAGAGCAACAACGAACGUAUUGUUCAAAUCCAACAGACCGGCCCGGCACAUUUAAAUGUCAAGCAACCGGAACAACUCAAAAAAGCCGAUGACUCUACCGAGAAAAUGGAGACUAAAUAAUUGCCGAUGUUUUGUUUUUAACCAUUCCCAUUAAAUCUGCGACUGAUUAGAUUUUAUUUCAUCAUCGAACAUUGGUUUAUUGCAUUUCCUCAUAUUCUUAGAAUUAGAAUUGCCUACCUGUUAAGUUUUUUUAAUACCAAACAAAAAUAUAAAUAAAACCUCUAAAAAUGAUAAA